AGUCUUGUCUGAUCCUGUUUGUGUGAACCAGUUUGACUGGUGCCCAAGGCAUUUCUACGAGAGAACUGUUGAAAAGUCGUUGCUGCUGUACCUGUGGCUGUAUUUUCAGUCUACAGAACAUUGUAGCACUCUAAUGUAUUACACUGAAACUUUACAGGUUAACAGGGUUCAGAGUUCCUGCGGAAGGAGUGACUUUUUACAGUAAGAUGGAGGGUGUCUCUUUUCCACCACUGUCCAGGUUUGCCGUUUGUUGUGGCACACACGGCAACGAGAUGACAGGUGUAUAUAUGUAUAGACACCUACAAAAACAGAAGGUAGAGAAUAUCACAGUAACUACUAUACUGUCAAACCCUCGGGCUGUGGAUGCUUGCAAAAGAUACAUAGACAUAGAUCUCAACCGCUGCUUCACAAAUGCUUUGCUGUGCACUGCAAUAACUGACUCAUCACCCUACGAGCUGAGGCGAGCCCAGGAGAUUGAUGCUGAGGUUGGGCCCAAAGGAAGUGAUGAAGCAGUGGAUCUGUUGUGUGAUCUCCACAACACCACUUCAAACAUGGGCCUGUGUGUCAUGUAUAACAGUUCGGACUGCGUCGCAAUGCAUAUUUUCAAACAUUUAAAGAGUAAGAUAACAUCUGUGCCUGUAAGAGCAAUUUGUUCAGAUGAACCCAUCUCCGAGGGAUACGCUCUGGAUUCCGUUGGCAAACAUGGCCUUUCUUUAGAGGUUGGGCCUCAACCCAAUGGUGUGGUCAGAGCCGAUAAUUUCAACGUGAUUACGGAGGCAUUUAAUCACAUAAUAGAAUGGCUGCAGCAGUUCAAUUCAGGUGCUACUUUUGAAGGUGGGGUGGAAGACGUGUAUAAGAUGACAGAAAAAGUUGACUAUCCACGCGAUCUUAAUACAAAUGAAAUUACUGCUGCCGUACACCCCCAGUUGCAGGAUAAUGACUUCAAGCUCCUCCGAACGGGUGACCCCAUUUUUCUGUCAUUCGAUGGUGAGACUCUGAGGCACAAAGGAAGAGAACUCUACCCUUUCUUUGUCAAUGAAUGUGCCUACUAUGAGAAGAAAGUAGCCUUCAUUCUGGGAGAAAAGGUCACCGUGGCCUUUCCAUCUAUAUCUGUGACGAAGAACUGAAGAAGAUUAAGAUCAUCAAUACUUAAUGUAAAAACUCUGUAUGAUUCUUUGAAAUACCUCAAAUGACUGAUGACUUGAAACAUAAAACUGUGACAGUGUAAUGGAGGAGCAGUGAUGCCAAAUAAUACUGAGAAGCAGUUUUUAUUUAAAUCCUCAAGUACUGAUUACUGUUGUGGUUACUUUUGAUGAUGGGAAUUAUAUUAUCAUUUCUUUUAUUUUGCAAAGAUCAAUUUAAACAAAAAGACACAUUUCUAAUCCCAAAUAUCAACAGGUAAGAUAGAUAUAAAAGUUUUGAUUUUACUGUACUAAUAAUUUUAAUAAAUACAGUUAAAAACAA